GCUAGGUUAACUGUAAACCGUUGUUGUUGCUCGGUAGAUUUUCGCUAAAUUAUUUUUUAUUUUACCGCAUUUUUAAUCAAUAAACGCCUGAAAUGAAAAGAAGCGACAUCAAAUGUUAUGGCAGUGUUUAAAAAACUUUUUCAUAUAGUUAUAUCUCAAAAUGCCCCUCAGAAAUCAAAAUAGAUAAAAUUAUAUUUUAGAAAGCUAGAUAGUUUUUUUUUAUUGGCUGUAUUAUUUCAGCUUCUUUUGUUGAUGUUAACGGGGUUGUGAAAUAUUUAAAUCUGUUUUUGACGACUAAAAUUAAGAUACAGACUGUAAAAUUUAGCUUAUUUUGAAAUAUGGCUAGAUUAACUUCCUGUUGCGGCACAGCCACUUAUCGCUGGAGUGGAGCUCCGUCAGAGGACCAGGGAGAGCGUGGUGAGGAAUCCCAGCAGCCCUCCGGAGAGUGAGAGGCGGACCGGCUAGACCCCCUCCCCCCCAACCCCCCGAGGAGGACCCGAGAGAGACCCACGUUGCCACGGGAGAGGCCUCGGUUCAGGGCUGAAGGAUGUUUACCUCCGUGAAGGCCUUUGAGGGACAGCAGUACUCCACCCUGAAGAGGCAGUGCUUGCAGAGUGGCCUCCUGUUUGAAGACCCCCGGUUCCCUGCCACUGAUGAUUCGCUCUUUUACCAGGGCAACAGGAUCGGACGUGUUGUCUGGAAGAGGCCUCGGGAGCUGUGUGAGGACCCUCACCUGUUUGUAGACGGCAUCAGUGCACAUGACCUCCAUCAGGGGCAGCUGGGAAACUGCUGGUUCGUUGCAGCUUGUUCCAGCCUGGCAUCCAGAGAGUCUCUGUGGCAAAAAGUCAUCCCGGACUGGAAGGAGCAGGAGUGGGAUACAGAGAAGCCCGACUCGUAUGCGGGGAUUUUCCACUUCCGCUUCUGGCGCUUUGGCGAGUGGGUGGACGUUGUGAUUGACGACCGGCUGCCGACAGUCGACAACCAGCUCGUCUACUGCCACUCCAAUGACAGCAACGAGUUCUGGAGCGCCCUGGUGGAAAAGGCCUACGCCAAGGUUUAUGGCUGCUAUGAGGCUUUGGAUGGAGGAAACACAGCAGAUGCCCUGGUGGAUUUUACGGGCGGUGUUUCCGAGCCCGUGGACCUUCUGGAGGGUCAGAUGGCAACAGAUGAGGUGGCUCGUAACCAGCUUUUUGAAAGAGUACUCAAAGUCCACAACAGAGACGGUCUCAUCAGCUGUUCUAUCAGAGCGACCACAGUGGAGGACAUGGAGGCACGGCUGGAAUGUGGUUUGGUCAAAGGCCACGCCUAUGCCGUGACGGACGUUCGGAAGGUGCGGCUUGGUCACGGACUGCUGGCCUUCUUCAAAUCGGAGAAGCUGCAAAUGAUCCGGAUGAGGAACCCCUGGGGAGAGAAGGAGUGGAGCGGCCCGUGGAGCGACAGUUCUGAGGAGUGGAACAAGGUGAGCAAGAGUGAGAGAGAGAAGCUGGGUGUCACCGUGCAGGAUGACGGCGAGUUCUGGAUGAACUUUGAUGACUUCUGCCAGUACUUCACCGACCUGAUCCUCUGCCGCCUCAUCAACACCUCCUACUUGAGCAUCCACAAGACCUGGGAGGAGGAGGUGAUGAGGGGCUCCUGGGUGCACCGCCAGGACCCCCUACGCAACCGCUCCGGCGGCUGCAUCAAUCACAAGGUCACCUUCCUGCAGAACCCUCAGUACGUGUUUGACGUGAAGAAGGUGGAGGAUGAAGUGUUGAUCUGCUUGCAACAAAAAGAGAAGAGAGCCACACCUAAAGAAGGCAAAGGGGAGAAUCUUGCUAUAGGCUUCGAUAUUCACCGGGUUGAACUAAAUCGGAAGUACCGUAUGCACACAGCCCAGCAGAAAGUAGCAGGUUCCAUCUACAUCAACUCGCGCUGCGUCUUCCUCAGGAAGGAGCUCAAGGAAGGUCGAUAUGUCAUCAUUCCCACAACCUUUGACCCAGGGCAGCAGGGAGAAUUUCUGCUCCGGGUCUUCACCGAUGUGCCUUCAGACUGCAAAGAGCUGACUCUGGACGAGCCUCCUCAGACUUGUUGGACCGGGAUGUGUGGCUACCCUCAGCUGGUCACUCAGGUUCAUGUAGUGAGUGCUGAGGGACUGCAGGGACAGGACACCAACGGAGAUCUACAACAAGAACAUGAUCAUGGACACCUUCCUGGGUCAGGUGAUCGUGUUCAGCGAACCCAACGAGCGGCAGGAGCAGCACACGCUUCACCUCCGCGACAAGGGCAGCCGCCAGGACAACGACAUCCCGGGCAUGCUCACUGUGCGCCUCUUCACCUCCACCACGCUCACCAACAUCUGACGAGCAUCAAUAAUGCCAUGAGAAUCUUGGAAAGCUCACCAACCUUUCUGAGCUCACUGUCCUUUUUUUUUUUAAGCUCACUUUGUUUUCCUGGUUUUUUCUCUUUUGUUGUUCAGCAUUUUUUGGGAAGUUUUUCAAUCCCUGCAUCCAUACAUGUAGGUAAAAGGUGCCAUUAAUAACAAUCAAACUUUUGACAAGUUAUCUUUUAUCAAAUUCCUUCAAGAAUACAAUGUUAUUUAUUAUCAAAUUAUUAUGCCUCUGUAGGUUUUAAAGCCAGGAUCUCGACUUAGCUUCAGUUAAGGUAAAAUAUUAAAUGAUUUGCUGUUCUCACCUAAUUAUUCAACUUGAGUUUCGACUUCCCUCAUUUUUGAAUUCAUGCAUAGCCUAUACAUGUAGACAUAUAACACAUAUGCACACAUUUCUGCACUCUCCAUGCAUGUGCUAAUUUUUCCAAGGGCUCUGCAAUGCCUUAAGGCUGAGUCAGCCUCUCCUGUUUAAGGAGAUGGGCGGGAGGAGUUCUGUUAAAACUGUUCUCAGUGUUAGCACAGCCUGCUUUUUAUCUGAAUUUCUUUCUCCUGUCAGUGCUUAAUCCUCCCGGCCAGACACCUCAGCUCCUCGUCAGGUUGCAGGUGCUUUAGGGAGCAUACCGCAGCCUGAACUUUACAAAGAAAUGCCAACUGCAGCUAUUUCCUCCCUCUACCAAGAGCUUUUCUGUGAUGUGCUGCGUGCGCACCGAAGUGUGAAGUCUCGCCUC